AUGUCUAGCAUGGCCACGCUUUUCACGGUGAACUCACCAGAGCUCGCGCCGCAACUCGCAUCCCGCUUCAAGGGCCAUGUGGUUGCGCUAACUGCCGUCGCGGACCUGCUCGCGCGCCUCUACUCCGACCGGCUCUCAGGAGCCGACAACUACGAGCGCGACCUCUACCUCGUGGUGUACUGCGAGCCAAAGCGCUCGGCGCAGGACGCCAGCCCACCGGCAAGUUCAACCCUGGACACUCUGUCUGCGGCUGAGCUCGCUCACCUCCUCGAAAAACAGUUUCCAUGUUUCAACCUGAGCGUUGUGACGCCGGAGCGGGCGGUUCCAGCCAUCGCAGAACUGGAUAACUACCGCGCGAAGUACACCCAGAGACUCACGCGUGUUACUACCUGGAUGUACGCGAAACGACAUGACCCCUGCUCCGUGAACAUGUACUCUAUGAUUUCGCACCUGACCCAAGUUCGCCAUUCCAACACGGAGAAGCCACGGAGGUCGUACGCAAGACUGAUCUCUUCCUCCUUGGACCUAAGGAAACUCAUACAGCUGCCGCAGGGGAAAUCCGACGAUCAUUAUUGGAAAUUGCUGACGACGUGGGACUUUUGCGCCUUGUCGCUGUCCACCUGUGAGCUAAUAUGGUGCAGUUACCUCAUUCUCAAGAAGCUUGCCAUUGACGCUGACUACGUUAUCUCGGACAACGACCUCUUUCUGCUUUUACUCACACUUGAGACAUCCUACCACCAGGGAAACAAGUUCCACAACUUUAGGCACGCCGUAGACGUUAUGCAAGCGACAUGGCAACUAUGCUGCAAGCUUCAGCUGCACUUUCCUAAGGACGCAUCUGUCUUAUUGGUUUGUGUGGCCGCCAUCGGUCACGACCUUGGACACCCUGGUACGAAUAAUGCGCUCAUGUGUGAAGAAAACUCUCCUGUUGCUCAGUUGUACCAGAAAGCAUCAGUUUUGGAGAACUUCCAUACCGAGCUCUUCUUAGAUCUUCUUCAAGACCAUUGGCCUCAGCUGCUGGAAGAUCGGCGCAACGUGAUAUCUGACACCAUCCUCGCAACUGACAUGGCCUUGCAUUCUCAAUAUAUUGAUCAAAUGGAUGAGGCUCCAUCGCAGCAGCCCACGUUUCUAUCACUGAUCAUCAAAGCAGCCGAUAUUUCCAAUGUUACGCGGCCGUUGGAGAUAUCUGCCAAAUGGGCAGUACUGAUUACUUGUGAAUUCAAUGAAUGCGCCGCUCUUGUACGAGAAUUAAAGGAAGGUUCUGCAGAGUACGACGCCUACAACACGGAAUAUGAUCAACCUCUGCCCGAGUCAGUCGACUCCAUAUUAGAAAAGUUCCCCUCUAUUCCAAAGGGCCAGCUGAUAUUCAUUAAUGCUUUUGCCGAGGGGCUCUUUGCAGGUCUUGGGGACUACUUCGAAGAACUCAAGUUCCUACACCAUAACGUUCAAGCUAACAAGAAGUUUUGGGAAGGAAAACUGUAA